AUGGCAGUAUCCUGAUCACCAACCAAGCAGUUUAAGGGGGGUUUGGCAGUGCCUUUGAGUAGUGCUUUCCCCAACUAGGCAAUGCAAGACUCCGUGUUUCCCAAGAACAUGGACCUAUCUGCCUGAGUGUCCCUGCUAUCCUUGGUCCUAGGAAGGUAGCUGAUGUGGGAAGGGAGCCUUGGGAUGAAGGCUGAGGAUUUUGUUGAAUAGCUGGGGCCUAUAUCACUUUCAAUCCCUGUCACAGGAUGACUGCAAUGUACAUCCUCAUGGCUGCUACUUCCAGCCAUGAGCAGCAUUAGGAAACAAGGGGUUCUGUCUGCAUGUCCUUCAUGCCUUACCACAUCUCUUUUCUUUUCUUAGGUAGUUCUCUCCACCCCCUCUCUCCUUACACAUGCUCAUAGAGAGGUUUAAGCACUUUUUACUUCCUUUAAAGUAUUUGAAAAUAUUUUAGUUAUGUUUUGUUUUAGAGGGGGGAGGGUAUGUAAUAUUGUAAUGGUUAACACUGAUUUUCGACUUGACAGGAUCUUUGGCAGGGACACAAACUUUGGCAAGUCUCUGUGAGGGACUUUUAGACUGGAUUAAGGUGUGAAGACCUACCCUAAAUUUGGGAGCAAUGUUCUAUGGGCUGGGGUCUGGACUGAGAAGAAAGACAAAGGAGUGCCAGCCAUUCAAGGCAGUGACAUCUUUUGUGAGAAGAUCCAUAGAGAAGGCCUCCAGUGAUGCGGGCCCAAGACAAGGCAGAGGAGCAUCUGUGAUUGGAGCUCCACCAUCUGCUAUCGUUCCAGUUCCCCAGCAUUUAUUACAGAGUGGUGAUCCGCGCCCCGCCCCCAUGAGGGUUGACCAAACCCUUCACAGGAGAUACCCAAGACAAUGAGAAGACACAGUGUUCUGUGGUAUCUGCUGAACUCUUCUAGAAUCUCAUGAAGUUAUUUGCUGUAGAUUGACUACACAUCUUCAAAUUCAGGCUCAGUUUUCACCCCAAGCAAGAACUGCUUCAUUUGUGGUAACUGAUGGUGUUUGCCUGUCCUUUAUUGUUGUCCAGGGAAAAGUAAGUUGUUUGUUUAUAAUGUGUUCAAGGUUUCUCAAAAAAAUGUGUUUAUUUUGAUUUUAUGUGUAUGAGUGUUUUGCCUGCAUGCAUAUCUGUGCACCUUAUAUGUGCAGUGCCCAUGAAGGCCAAAAGAGGGGGUCAGAGCUCCUGGAACUUCAGUUGCUUAGGGAUGUGAGGUGCCAUAUGGGAACUGAACUUGGGUCCUCUGCAAAGAAACCUGGUACUUUUAACCACUGAGCCAUUUAUUCAGCCCUCAAAGCUUUCUUAAUAUUUUUUAGUAGAGAAAUUAAGCAAAAAGCGUUUCUUAAUUUUUACUAAUAGAGCAGUGUAUUACUGCCUGCUGGAAAUCUAAACUUCAUGGCCCUUCGUGAACUUAAUAGCAAGAGACACCCUAAGCACCACCUCUUCAGUUACUGUGUGCAAAUCUUCACGCAGGUUUGUUUUGGCCGCUCUUUACCCAGAAUACCAUUCUAUCAUUUUGCUUUUAUCUGUGGCUCAAGGUUAUUUUGGCAUUUUCUUCUAUUUUCAACAAAUGCAGCAUAUUGCUAUCACUAAGCUUAUAGACUAAGCUUUUGUUUGGGAAAAUGAUCUGACUUUUCAAUUGCGUGAGAUUCAGUGCCACUAAUAUACUUUAAAAUAACAUUUUAAAAUUGCCUUUUCUCCCUACUUAGACAUUUAGUUGCUUUUCCAACAUACAAUUUUUAUGGAUGAGAUUUCCAUUUAACAUCACAAUUUAGAUUAAAUUACUUUCUUAAAGUCACAUUGCCCCCACAGUCUACUUAGUUUCCUAAUUCCCAUACGUUCCACGGUUGCCGGAGAAACUUCGUCUCUGUAAUGUGACUGAAGAGGCAGCCUUCAUUCACAACACAGCACAAUCUGCUAAAGCAGUAAAUAUUACCCAUUUCUAUUAUUAGAGCUGAAAUGGAAUUUUCUCGUGCUGCAUUUUCAAGAUGGGACGUAAUUAGACAGCAAGCAUGGAAAAGUCAGCAACAGUGGAAGUCAAGUCAGAAAUGGUAGCUGUGAACGAUUGUCAUCAGUAAUAGUAAAGCUGGUGCAGUCUGCUUAGCCCGGCUCCUGACUGGCUCCCACAGAGCCCCAGGCCAUCUCAUUCUCUGUUUGAAUUAUAGGGUGCCAUGUGAGCUUGCAGGCAGUGGGGUAAGAAAGUGUGAAGCAAGGGUUUCAGUUCUAUAUUGGUUUUCUGGCUGAAGGAGAAAGGGGGAUUCUUGAUUGAUGUUUCAAUUCUCCUCAGCCUCCUGCAGACACACCUUUCCAGAUCUGAGAGCUAGCUGAAUGGCUCUUCAUGUUGUCAAGAGGGGCUUCUGCCUUCUUUCUUGGCUUAAAUUAAAAUUGUAAAAACAAAAACGAAAUAUAUUAUGGGUGUUCAUAUGACUCUCAUUGUUGCAAAAGUGCUAUUGGAAUUAAUAUCAUGUGUAAUUCUUGGCAGAAAUAUGAGAGAGAGAGAGAGAGAGAGAGAGAGAGAGAGAGAGAGAGAGAGAGAGAGAGAGAGAGAGAGAGGUGUUUUGUAUGUUUGUGUGUGGUAAGUGUAUGGUGUGUGUGUGAUAUGUAUGUAUGUAUGUGAAUGUGUGUGGGAACAUGUGGGUGUCUGUGUCAUGUGUGGUGUGAGUACACUUACAAAAGUGGUUGGUGAAAGAACUGGCUAACUAAAGAAAGAAACCUCAAAUAAGAUUUUUUUAAAACUGUAUAUGUUUUUUGUUUGUUUGGGUAGAAAAUGUUGUCUUAGCUGUAAAGCUAAGAGUCAGAUUAAUUUUCACUAUCUGUUUGUACAAGGACACACUUUCCAUCUUCAACAGUGCUGCUAAUGUGGUUACCCAGUUAAUACCUUUACAGAGGGCACGUGUGGAAUUAAACUCACUUUUCCCCAUUCAAGUUGUGCAUAAUCACCGACGCUUCACAGCCUGGCUCUUCUCAUCGCUUAGGCAGCUUUCCACUCUCUUCUAUUCAUAGUAGGUCACAGCUUGCUGAGGUUUUCAGAAAAAACUAACAGGGCAGCACGGUUUGCUCUGUUUUAAUGAAUACUGGGUAAACUGAUGGUUUCCCUGAAGUGUCCUGUCUUGCACCCAGUGGAAAGCAUCCCUUUGUGUUGUGGUCUUUUGAUUUAAAGGGAUACUAACCUCUUGUCUUUAUUGCAAGUCACAUGUGGGUUGUGCAAGGGACAGGAGGGAGAUCAGAGAGAUGUCGAGGGAAUGCUAAACCUCUCUGGAGUCCAUUCCCUCAUGUGUAACAUUGUAAGGGGUUCAUUCCCUCAUUUUUAUGAUUUAUGCAUGUUGGGAAGCCUAUGAGAUCUAGACAAGAAACACUAGUGGGAUGAUUCUGUAUGUUUUCUACUGGCCAGUGGAUCUAAGCAAACCGUUUUGAGAUCACAUCUCUUAGACAGAUGGGAAAUGAUUCUGUGAGAAGGGGAAUGACUGAAUGCAGGAUUUCCUUGUUUGUAAGAUACCUACAGUAUACCAGCUAAAAAAAGACGGCUUUAGCUGACAUGCCAGUAACUUUCAAGUGACCUCUUUCCCUUUGUUAACUGAUUGUGAUUCAUGCACAGGCUUGACCUUUGGAGCAGCUGUCAGUAAAAGAGACCUGACAACAUCUUCCCAGAUCUUGUGCUUAAAGGUACAUACCCUUACUCUGCUCCAGAGCUCAGGGUAAACCAGCUCUGAGCACUUUAUGUCUGAUUGUAGGCUCUCACUUCGAAAAGUAUUCGCUGACAUCUGGGAAUGCUUACAUUGCUUCUUUGUAAAUGAUACUGUACUCUGAGCCUUCAGUAUGCAAAAACAUUUCAGAAAUGUCCAUUUAUGUGCCCAGCAUAAAGGCAGCCCAAAGCUGCAGUCAUGAAUGUAACUGGUGUGUGAUAGCUAACUGAGAUUCACCGACGUCGUACCGGGUAUCACACAUGAUAUGGUGUUAUCUUUUAUAGAUGUUCCUCACUUGGCGUCUUGUACACAAUUUUGUAAAGGAGGCAACUAGGCUGUUCAUUUUGCAGAUGAUGUAACUGAGGCUCAAAGCAAUGAAAUGGCUUCUUCAACUUCAGCGUAGCUAGGCAUUAUUGAGAGGAGAACUCAAAUCUUUCACCUUUACGAUAAAGCUUUGUUUUUACUGGUGCUGUAUAGUUGUAUCGAACUGGGUCACUUUAUUUAUUUAUUUUGGCUUUUCGAGAAAGGGUUUCUCUGGGUAACAGCCCUAGCUGUUCUGGAACUCGAUUUGUAGACCAGGCUGACUUGGAACUCACAGAGAUCCUUCUGCCUCUGCCUCCCAAGAGCUGGGAUUAAAGGCGUGCGCCACCACACCGGGCUGACUGAGUCAUUUUUAAUUUGCUCAGGUAGCAAAUCCCACCUUCAUCCAUAUACAACCUUUGUCUUUGUGGCACUGUGGCGGGACAGCAAGGUCAAAGAUGCUUUCUUUACAUGAGCACGUUUGGAAAGGAGAAUGCUCCUGCCCCAUUGUUGCCCUCCAAUGGAGAGCUGGCAGAUGCUGGCAGGGAAUUGGCAAGCAGCGACUUACACGGGCAGCUUGUUAUUUCCUAAUUGUAAGGAGAUCUUUCAAAGUGUAACUCAACCUCUUUCUUCCCAUUGAAAAUAAAAGUGCCUCUCAGCCCACACACAAGCAGACUAUUUCCCCAACAGGACCUUUAAUCUGGAGGUGCUUGAGAAAUGAAUGGAGAUCAAAAGUGUUUUUGUAGACCACUUUACCCUCUGGGAGACAUUUGAGCAUGUUACAAAUAAGCAUCAUUUCAAAGAACUAAUCACACAAGUUGGAUUUUACACAUGUUCAAGUAUUGGAACAAAUAUCAUGCUAUUUUGUGCUAUUGCAUUCUUUUAGAGAUCCAAACGAAUCAUGUUUUCCUGUGUUCUAACCCAUGCUGCUAGUACACUGGAAGGCUUCUGUAGUGCAGAACACCUGAAUGUUACCAGAAAGAGCUUUACCGUGUAACACAUUUGUAUGGUGCAGGAUGCUCCCAGCAAAGGUAUCUGUGUCCUUGCAGAUAAGGAAGCUCCCAUUUAGAUAAACUGAAGGAAAAACAAGCCUGACAAUGGAUGGAGCCUUUAAAAAAAUCAACGAUCUGAUUUUCAAAUAGCAUUCUAAAGCUGCUGUGGGAACAGCUGUCAUUCUGUCAAACUGAGGUGGCCUACUUUGCUUUUCACCAUCUUAAAUGACAAGGGCCAAGCGUGCAUUCUAGAGUCUUUGUUGAUAAAACUUUGAUGAAGGUAAGGUGGUGGGAGGCACCCCUCAACUUCCUUUUGGUACACCCACCCCCACCCCUGCUGCUAGGUAUAUGUGUAUUCAACUUCCGGUGGGGGUACACUGGUACAUUGUCAGUCCUCCUGGCUGCUAGCCCCAGGACACUGGUUGAGCAUCACCCCUACCAUCUCUGCUCCCACAUGUUCUAGAGCAUUCCUUUCAUCUAGGCCUUCAUUAGUGCUGACUAGACCACAUUCUCCCAAGGUGACUGAGGUUAAUGUGGUAAACUAAUGACUGAGAUGGGGUGAACAAAACAAUAGCAUUAAACAUUUAAAAGAGGCCUGCUUAACUGGGAGAGGUCCUCAGAGGGAGCAUGUUCAGACAAGAUGACAAGACCAGGGCAGAGAUAGUUUCGUCAGAUGGGGAUUUGAGGCUGUGUGCCCCCUAGUUCCAGCCUUUCUCUCAGUCAGGAUUUCUACUGUUCAUGGCAGGUUCUCAGCAGCUUUCACAGGACUUUUGACAUGAAUGCUUUGACCCAAGAACGUUUCCCCCGAUCCUUGACAAGCCCUCAUUCCCUUUGUCAGAAGGGGCAUGCUGACAGACAGACAGCUUAGAGAACCUCUUCAGCAGUUGGGAAGGAAACAUCAAAUCUGUAGAAAAUGGACAUUUCCCAAAGGCCCCAAAUCCAGGGCCUCAGUUCUGCUCUACCUGCUCAUUCAAAGAAUCACAAUGAGUAGCACCCAGAGACCUGCACACAGAGGGCCAGAGACCUGCACACAGAGGGCUAGAGACCUGCACACAGAGGGCCAGAGACCUGCACACAGAGGGGCCAGAGACCUGCACACAGAGGGCCAGAGACCUGCACACAGAGGGCCCAGAUGCACACAGAGGGCCCAGAGACCUGCACACAGAGGGCCCAGAGACCUGCACACAGAGGGACCAGAUGCACACAGAGGGCCAGAGACCUGCACACAGAGGGCCCAGAUGCACACAGAGGGCCCAGAUGCACACAGAGGGCCCAGAGACCUGCACACAGAGGGCCCAGAUGCACACAGAGGGCCAGAGACCUGCACACAGAGGGCCAGAGACCUGCACACAGAGGGCCAGAGACCUGCACACAGAGGGCCCAGAUGCACACAGAGGGUCAGAGACCUGCACACAGAGGGCCCAGAGACCUGCACACAGAGGGCCAGGGACCUGCACACAGAGGGCUCAGAGACCUGCACACAGAGGACCAGAGACCUGCACACAGAGGGCCCAGAUGCACACAGAGGGCCAGGGACCUGCACACAGAGGGCCCAGAUGCACACAGAGGGCCAGGGACCUGCACACAGAGGGCCAGAGACCUGCACACAGAGGGUCCAGAGACCUGCACACAGAGGGCCCAGAGACCUGCACACAGAGGGCCAGAGAUCUGCACACAGAGGGCCAGAGACCUGCACACAGAGAGCUCAGAGACCUGCACACAGAGGACCAGAGACCUGCACACAGAGGCCCUAGGACACUGGAUUCCAGCCUGGGUUCCUGAACAAGGUGGGUUUAAUUCAGCCAGUCAGACUGGUGUGUAAGGCUUCACUCUCCUGUGUUAAGCAAGAACCAUGCAAGUGUUCUGGUGCAGGGCUCCAAGCCUAAAUCCCAGUCCUCUGCUCGCCCUGAAAUAGGAGAAAAGAGGGCUGCUGUGUCAAGCGGAGGCUGCAGCGGUGCUUUGGGGCCCUGGAGCAGUGUGAAAGCAGCCUUGGCUCUAGGCUGGCCCAGCUAUCUGUGUUAAUAUAUUCAACGUCCCUCCCUGUUCUUUAGAUAAAGAUGACGAGGGUGACAUCUGCUCCAAAGCUGCUUCACUGAGUGGCGAUUCUGAUGACUUAAUGCCUUUUCAGACUUCUGCCACCACUGUUCGCUGGUCUUUGGUUUUGACUUUAAAGGAACUGAAUGGAAUCUCUAAGCCCUCCUCAUGCCUGAUUUUUUUUUUUUUUAUUCUGAAAAAAUAAUUCAGAACUCGUCAAGGACAAGUGCUGUCAUCUCAGAAACAAACAAACAACAACAACAACAACAAAAACAACCCUCGAUUAUAUUAUAAAGCAAAAUGUUUUUUAUGUCUUCAAUUGUUGAAAGUAGCUGUGCGGAAACAUGACGUCUGAGAUGAGGGACAGUUUAUAAACGAGCGCAAAGGACAGACUGCUGGGACAACGUGGUUUGUUGUUGGGAUAGCCAGGGACUCUAGAAAAGUGAAAGGGGCCAGGAAAAGCUGAUCAGAUUUUGAUGGCAGCCUCUGUGCAAACAUCCGGAUGAGAUCAAGCCAAUUACUAUGUACGGCUUAUGCCUGCACCUCCUCACCCCCAGCCUCCAAAUUCUGUGGAGAUUUAAAUCUUUCAUCCAGAACAAAGAUUUGUAGGGUAAUGACCUGAUUUAGCUGUAAAGAAGAAAUAAAUCUGGCAGCUGGGACCAGAAGACAUAAUAAUCUCCAAAGUUCACACUAGCCUUUGUUUCCCUCUUUCAUUAUUUUUUUUUAAUGCAGCAAAAGCAAAAAAAAAAAAAAAGUGAGAGGAACGCUGUUUGUAUUUCAACUCAAAUUAUAUUGCUUGAGAGAAGAGGGCAGGGGAGAAGGACUGGAGGUGCUAGACAGAGUUGAAAGAAAGACUCUUCAUCGAGAGACAGAAAGGAAGGAGAGAGAGAGAGAGAGAGAGAGAGAGAGAGAGAGAGAGAGAGAGAGAGAGAGAGAGAGAGCACGCGCUGAGCUGGCUGCCCCACGGUCUGCCUUGGUGUGGGACCGUGCAGGAAGGAGAUGGGUAGACUGAACAGAAGGGGCACCUGGGGCAUCUGAAGAUGGCUUCUGAUCUCCCAGGCGUAACUCAUCCCAACAAUUCACAACGUGGUUUUGGACACCAAGUAGAUAAUUAUUCUGCUUUUCAGUUUCAGGUUUGAUUCCCCGGCACAUCCUGACCUCAAGUGAAGAUACACCUGACUGUGUAGUCCAGCAAAGGGAGGGAUCUAAUCCAAAUUCUCUGAAGCAGCCUGAAGUCUGGAUAUGUGACCUCUUCAAUUAGGUGUUUUUGUGUUUCAUCAUGGAUGGAGAGCUUUGGGCUCAUUUUUCCCAUCUGCCUUUGUUCAGUGUGAAAACACAUUAUAAAAUAUGAUCAUCAGAGUGUGGUUCUAACAGUCCUAACUGAUUGCUGUUCUUUAACAGAAAAAUAAUAUGGGUAAAAAAAAGCCCCUCAACUUUGAAAGUGAAAUAAGUAUAGUCUGCUGCAAAAAAAAUGUUGAUUUAAUGGUCACACAUAAUCCUGUAAAAUUAGUCCUGAAACAGACACUAAUUUUAAAUAAUGGUGCUACUAUUAACAUAUAUCUCUGCUCAGCUGUGUGACAAACAGACUGGAGUCCCCGACAGGGAACUGAAAGGCCCAUGUGUCUUUGCCAGUCUGAAGCUGCCGCCUGGGUUAGUGACAGUUUGAGUACUGACGGCUAUGGGAUUGGAUUCCUAAGCAAAUGCUCUCAGCUCCCAACGAACUAAGCGAUAAAAAUCGCCUGUCUGUGUUUUUUGUUACUUCCUUUGGAUCUCACUGAGCCAAGAGUCAGCUCCACCACGAGCGAAUGGGUUGAGCGUUGUCAGGGAGCUGUGUUAAUGGACAAAGGCCUACUUUAAAGGUCAUAAAGUAUUUCUCUUACAUGGGGACAGAUAGCAGUUUGGAAUUUCCUUGGCUCUGCUUUGCCGUGUGCUGUCACGGUGCCGGGUUUGUCAGAGACAGCCUCUCUUGGCUCCUUGGACUAAAUGAAAGGCAAAGAAUGGAACUUGCUGCUAUGUUAGGGUCUUAUAGAUGAGUUGUGACGUUUUCUCCAAAUGUCCUUUAACAUUAGAAUCUAGCUACUAGUUCUAACUGUUAUUCAAGGUGAGCUGGGAGAUUGAACCCAGUGAAACCAGCAGUUUUCUUUCCAGUUUUUUUUUUUUUUGGUGUGUGUGUGUGUGUGUGUGUGUGUGUGUGUGUGUGUGUGUGUGUGCGCGCGCUCGCGCGCAUGCUUGUUGUGUGUGUGUUAGUCUUGGGACUGAACUAGGGUGCCCUGCAAGGGAAGCAAGCACUCUCCCUCCGAGCUAUAGUCCCAAGCCCAAACAGGUUUUGUUGCUGUUGGGUUAGUGUUUUUGUUUUUGAAUUGAUAGCUUUAUUAGGGACUUGUGUGACAAAAUAGGAAAACACACUCCUGGGCUAACGUAUGUCCACAGACAUGUGGGCAGCAGCGAAAAUGCACACUAUUAGGAUUUUAAAACCACAUCGAUGAACUGUGGAAGGAGAAAACAGAAAAACAAAGUCAGGUGAAGACAAGUCAUUCUACUACCUUUCCACAGAAAACAAUCCAUGCGAAGAUCAGGUAGGAGCCGAUGGCUGGGAUCCAUUUCCAUCAGGAAGCAUGAUCUGGGUCUGCAUCUAAUUCUAUCCUGUUGUUCUGCUGUUCCACAGCACAGCCUGCUGUCUGCUGAGCCUCCUUCUGGUGUGGAGACACAGUCAGCAGGCAGCCUAUAUUUUAAGGCCUUGCUUAUUUUCUCACCUCUACCACGGGCAGAAGCAAGGGUGGUUUGAAGGUAUGGCUGUGUGAGAUUCCACAUACUCCACAGCGGGCUGAGGCUGUGGAGUCCACCGUUAUGAGACACCUGGGGCCAUUUAGCAUAGGGGCAAACAGGAUGCAUAUCAAAUGCUCAUGGGGUUCCUAGUAUAUUAAAGCUUAGCACAAGGAUGUGUUAUUCUUAUAACGCUAACAUAGGAAUCAUGGGAAUGUUAAAUGUUUAGCAAACCUUUGGGUUCCUGAAGAAGCAAAUGUAGCCUAGAGGAAUUUCCUGUUUUCUAAUGACAGUGGAUAAAUUUCUUGACCUUUCCUACUGUUACUACACACACACACACACACACACACACACACACACACACACACACACACACACAUUUAUUUAAGACAGCACCAAAGUAAAUGUCAGUGUGGCUCUGUGUAGUCACACAGUUUGAAGUAGUUAGGACUAAAUCCGUAGGUAGAUGAAGGUAUGAUUUUGAAAGCAAAAAUACAUGGCGUUAGACAUCUUCAUUGCUUCCUGAUUGAAUCUACUUCCAUCUUUACACAACACAUAGCUUCUAAGAAUUGAAGGCCUGCACAGGAAACAAGAGGAAAACAAUAAUCCUGUGUAUUGUACAGUGGGCAGGAGCUUGUGUUUCCAAUUUAAGAAGUAGGAAAAGGUGGGUUUUUCUUAGCUGGUUAUAAAUGAUUUCCAACUUGGGUCACCUUUGAAAGAGAAAUUUUACUACAGAAUCUCAUUUGAAAACAAGGAUUAUAAGCAACACAGAAAGAAAUCAAAACGCCCAAACCUAAGCAACUUCCUACCGUGUGUUUUAAAGACAAUGUUUCCUAUGAUAUGCCCUUAAAGUAACUCCUCACGGCCAGGAAAACAACCAGUCAAACACAUUGGUAAAUAGUGCCUGGUGCAAGUGCCAGUGACUGGUCAUGGUCAGAGCCUCAAGGAGUUCCUAGGUACUCUGGUGCUAUCUAUGCAAAUACAGUUUGCCAGAUUAAAACAGAAUGUGCUGGUGACAUGGGUCAAGGGAUAUGGGAUAUACGUCCAAACACAAGGGGCCUCUUUGGUGCCGCUGCAGAGAGAAAACACUUUUUCCUGUCUUCGUCAUGAACUUAUCUUGACCAAAUUACCAAAAGAACAUCAAAUCUCAGCUCAGUCACAGCCAAGGAAAUCAAAGGGCAUGGUUUCCCCACAUUGGGCUGUUGGCUUCGUCCACAACCACAACACAGAUCGUAGGUUUAUGAAUAAAAGCCUCUGUUUUGCUCUGAACCAAAAACAUCUUGGAAUUGUGUGCUGGAUCAGAAAUGUAAGCCGUGUCCAUCCAUCCACUUUUGGUCCAGUUGGAUCUUUGCUAAUGAGUGUUCUUGGGGCAACGAGUGAUCUUUCUUUCUGGUCUAUGCUAAAUGUAUCUUCAAAGCCGUAGGUUGUGAAAAUCCGCUGGAAAGGAGCACAGAGUGGCCACGCUGUUUGAUUGCUGCAUGUUCUCCUCGGGAACCAGUUCUUUAUGAGUAGUCAACAAACACUGAAUAAUUAGGGAUGUGGCUGUGGAGGCGCAGCCAGAGGCUAAGUGGCAUUUUCAAGGUUUUAAAUGCAUGAGGAGGGAAUCUGGAAUUGAAAUUCUGAGUGCUCAGCUCCUUCCCGCCACUCUGUUUCCUUAAUCACGAAAAGCCAGUGGUUCUUGACUGACCCCUAACCUAUAUGCUCCAUCAGGCAACAUUUGGAAGCCCCCAGGCAAUGACCUGCUUUUCGAUGGGAGAGCGUAUUUACUUCCAGCUGGAACGCAUCAAGAAAAACAUUUCUCUGAUAGCCUCUUUCUUGCCAAAAGACUGGAAAAUAACUUAUCAGAGAGCUGAACAUCUCAGGAGCCACAACAGCUGCACUGAAUAGAAAGCCCGCAGAACGACCGGACACUGUGAAACUGGAUUGACGGACGGAAACCGUCGCAGUCUUAAUUUCAGGCCCCGCUUUGAUCUUUCUAACAGAGGUCAUCAGAGGGGAACGUGAAUGCUGACAUGAUCGGGCUGACUUAGCUUGUCUGCUCAUGGGUAAAUUGUCUUUGUAGUCUUUGUGUAUGUGGUACUUGAGGUCACAGUUAAAUUAAUAAUAGGGGCUUGUGGCUGAACGUUAUUUUUAGAAUCUCUUUAUAGUUCACAUUGCAAGAUUCUUAAUUAGGCCAUGUAACCUAUUGGGGAGAUAAACCCAGUUAAAAAUAUAUGUGUAUAUUUAUGAAAUGAUGCUAUUCUAUAAAAGUUAAAGGGUGCUAGAUUCAAAUAAUGCAGUAUUUGCAAUAUGCAUUCCCAUCACACCACGGAAUAGUUUGUAAUAUAAUGAUUCGAGUAACUUAGAAAUGGCAAUAUUUGCCAAAUACAUGAAUUUAAUAGUUAUUGUUUGUGCACAGUGAUAGUUGUCCUUCAGCAGGCUGGCAAUAGCAUUAAUGGAAAAUUUCCUUUGUACUAGAGAUUUAAAAAAUGUACAGCGUUUUUAAAUGAAGAGAGAAGAAUCCAAUCCUUUAGUGUUUCUGCUUCUUUAUAAAUUCAUUCUUAGGACAGGAGGAUGACAAAGUGGGUAAGAGCCCUCAUCAGUAAGUACAAACACACUAAGCAAGGUUGGAAGGAAUGCUGUUUAAUACUCACUUGCCUGAAAGGUGGGUGGGAGGAGGAGGUAGAGAAACGAUAUGGAUGGACAUGAGCCUGUGUGUAGUUUGAGUCUUAAAAGUGCAUGGAUACUGGGUGCGGGCACUUGGUUAUUAACUUGUUUUAAUAAAGCAUGCAGUGUAGAGUUUUAGCAGCAUUUUCACUGAAGAGAGAAUUUCUAUUUUCUGUCUAUCAUCCGUCUAUCAUCCAUUUAUCUAUCUAUCUAUCUAUCUAUCUAUCUAUCUAUCUAUCAUCUGUCAAUCUAUCUCUUAUAGAAAUAUCUUACAAUUUAAAAGACUAGCAGCAGGUAGCUAAACUAGUUUUUCAACACUCUGCACAAACAGGGGAUCUUGUGAAAGAAAUGUGAAGCCAUGCUUGGUAACUCUAAAUAAUUAUAUUUAUUUUACCAGUGGUGACUAGAGCAUGGCCUGGAAAUUGAAGCUUUCUUUUUUUUUCCUUUACUAGAUUUAGUGAUAAUUUAUUGUACUGAAUGUUAGAGAAGUCCAGACAGAUGGACAUGCUAGAUCUGGCAGUCUUUCCAGUCCUUAAAAGCUAAAAGACAUCUCAGAGACACCACAACAGUGUUAAAAUCCCUAUACCAGCAACAACACACAUGUACCCCGUAGAAUGGCAUUUUUUAUAUUCUUGAGUUAGUACCUUAUUUUGGUGUCUGCGUCUGAAUACGGAGGCUUCCCAAUGUCUGUGAAGCACAGAGGAGCGAUUCUAGAUUAUGAAAUGAAAUUUUUGCCUUUAUACUUUAACUCCACCCCAAACCUAUAUUCAGCGCUUUCUGAAACCCUGGCAGUGAGGUCUACAGAAUGCAUAUUAAACUGCACCUAAUGUCAAUUAUUUUUCUUUUGAAUAUACUCCAAGCAGUUUAGAUUCUUAUAGUUGCUUUUGUUUUAUUUACUUAAUGCAUUUAAUCAGUUGGUAGGAAGUACACGUGCUCUUGUGGUCUCAUCAAAAAUAUUCCUUUGUUUCCCCACCACUUUUUUAUUCCUACUAAUUUUUUUUAUAUCCCAACCAAAGUUUCCCUUCUCUCCCCUCUUCCUAGUUCCUCUCCCCACCCCCACUGCUCCAUCCACUCCUCCUCCACUGUUUCUCUUGAUAACCAUGGUGGACAUCCCAUGGUUAUCAGCCAGCCCCAGCACAUCAAGCUGCAGUGAGACUAGGCACCUCCUCUUCCGUUAGGGCUGGAUGAGGCCAUCUGGUAGGAGAA